AUGGCGUCUCAACUUCUGCCUCUAGAAUUGAUUGAUAAGUGUGUUGGAUCUCGGAUAUGGAUUGUCAUGAAAAACGACAAAGAAUUCUCAGGCACAUUGCUCGGAUUCGAUGACUACGUCAACAUGGUAUUGGAAGAUGUGACGGAAUUUGAUUACUCUGGCGCCCAGGUCAAGCUGCCCAAAAUACUUCUAAACGGAAACAACAUCUGCAUGCUUAUUCCAGGUGGCGAAGGGCCGGUUGGAAGCUCCUGA